AGUCGUAUCCAAAUCUGGUCUCUGGUCGACAGCAAACUUUCUGACUCCAUCACAGUCGCACGGCCAUGCGUCAGCCCCGGCCCAUGGCCGUUUCGCUCUCGCUCCCGACGGCCUCUCCACACCCUACCUCUUUGGCUCUCGCGCCUGCGCUAGCCCUCCGCUGCCUGGCGUGUUGCCUUGGCUGUUGGCUCAGCUGCUGUCUCGGCUCCGUCUCAGAGAAGCUCACAGCGUCCUCUAUCCAUGCACCUCUCGCCUUUUUGAUGCCCCAGAGCCGCAAAGGCAGCGCGCUGCCCAUGCCAGCUUGGACUUGGUCUCCAGCCUGGCGAGCAGGGUGAAGCGGGGCUUGGUGCAGAUCAUGUACCCUCAUUCAACAUCACCUCAACGGCUGCGCGUCCGUCUCAUGUUGGGAAACACAUGAUCUCCGUGUCCCAGCCACUUGCAUCUUCACUGUGCGCCCAAGUCUCGUGGUCAGCUUGCUCUGCCUCAUUUCGCUUUCCACCGCCUCUAUGCACUUUGCACCCAUCGCACUGGUCCGGCCGUUUCGCGCAGGUCACACAGCUUAGCAAGCAGCGUGGAGAGCUUCGGGGGCUUUUCCAGCCCGGUCCAUCUCCGGAUGCCUGAAAAGCAACUCCGCGUGCAGAUCCCGUCG